CGAUUUGAUUAUAGACAAGCGAUUUCCGUCAGUCCCGUGAGAAGUCGCUAUUUCGGUUCUUAGCAAGGCAACAUUAGACAACAUGUCCGUCUCGCGGGAGAGGAAAGCGUGUCAAUUAUUAGUGCUUCAAUUUUUUAGCGUUUACAACUGGACAAAUGGCACCUGUGUCGAAUUAGCCGCACAAAAUUGAUUUACAGCGUUGAGGAAAAGAAAAUGAGUUUCUCUGUGAAGAAGACCGGCGGUAGAAUGUGGCACGAGGCACGCAAGCAGGAAAAGAAGAUCCGCGGUAUGCUGGUCGAUUACCGUCGCAGAGCGGAACGUAGAAGAGACUAUUACGAGAAAAUCAAAUCAGAUCCUACUCAGUUUCUGCAGCUACAUGGUAGACCAUGUAAGAUACACUUGGAUCCGGCAAUAGCUGCUGCAGGUGACAGUCCUGCAAACAUGAUGCCAUGGCAAGGCAAUGAUGACAAUCUUAUAGAUCGGUUUGAUGUUCGGGCACAUUUGGAUUGGAUACCGGAACCGGUAGACACUAUCGACGUUGAUAUUGCUCUGACAAGUGAAGACAGACAUAUCAAUUAUGAGCGCUACCGUAUAAUUGUGCAAAAUGAGUUUUUAAGCGUAACCGAAGAAAAGUUUCUUCAUCAAAUACAUUUAGAAGAACAGUUUGGUUCAUCGACAAAGUUGGAUGCUGCAAAAGAUAAGAAGAAAUCUGCUAAUAACGCUGCCAUCGGAUAUAAUUAUGAAACAGAAGAGCCAAUACCCGAACCGGUAAAAACAGUAGACCCAGUUAUAUCAGAGGAGAAGGGAGAUGAUGAAGACAGCGAUAUAGAUUUAGACAUAUGCGUGGAUGUAUCUCAAAUAGAACCAUCUCAGGCACACGAGAUGAAUUUAGUAGCUCAAAAAUAUGGACUUUUAGGUGCUGAUUACUUUAGCUUUUUAACCCAAGAUUUUGAAGAAGCUGAAACCUUGCGACAAGCCCGUAAGCAAGAGGAAGAGAAAGCUAUGUACUCGGGUCGACGGUCGCGUAGAGAAAGACGUGCAUUCAGAGAAAAGAAGAUGAUAGGCCGUGUUAUGAGUCCGCCUAGUUAUGCAGCUAGGGAAAGCCCGGAGUAUAAUCCUUACAGAAAAUCCUCUUCCAAGUCGCGAUCGCGGUCCACAUCACCUGUAAAUACGGGACAGAUUACUUACAUCACAAGCUUUGGCGGGGAAGAAGAAACUCAUGGUAGCACAUCACAUGUGUCUUCGUCGAAUUCAAGAAAAGUCAAUUAUUCGUAUCUCAGACGGCGGAGAUCGGAUAGUCCUACUUUCAAUGAUAAAACUGUUAGUAAAAAAAAUUCAAAGUCCAGAUCGAGAAGCUGUUCACGUUCCGUUAGUAGGACUAAGUCGUAUAGGACACGUGAUAGGAAGCGAAGUGGAUCUAGGAUGAGAUCUAGACGAACACGCUCGAGACCUCGGAAGUAUACGAGAUCCCGUACAAGAAGUCGCUCCAGACGAUCACGAACGCGAAGUAAAUCACGGUCGCAUUGUAGAAGUAUCAGCCGAUCUCGAUCUCGUUCAGUUUCUCGUUCGAGGUCUAGAUCACGCUCGCAUUUGAAGAGAUCAAGGAGUUCAUCUUCUAGCAGCAUAUCAAAAUCAAGAUCGAGGUCUAAAUCGCGUCACAGGAGCCAUUCUAGAGACAGCUAUCGAAAAAGACGCUAUUCGUUGUCGAAGUCAAGAUCCAAGUCUCGCUCGAGAUCAAAGUCUCCAUCAAGAUCCAGAUCGAGAUCGAGAAGUCAAUCUAGUUGUAAACGAUCGCGAAGUGAUGAUAAUAAAACGCCAGCACUGCCUAGGUAUUAUGGCCGACGUGGAAAAUCGUCAAGUCUUGAACUAGAAUUAUCCGAUAACGAAGAAAAGUCCGGUCCAGCAGCAUCGAAGACACCGAUAAAUACAAGCGUGAACAAGCCAAAAGCAGGGUUAAGUACAAAUUCUGGUGGCGGACACAAAUCGUUGAAAAUUACACCUCAGGAGCGGCUUAAGAAGAAAAUGCAAGCCCUAUUAAACAGGCAGUAUAAAGCUGACAAGAAGGCUGAGCAGUUGAGAAUCGAGAAGAUGGAGCAGCAGAGACAAGAUCGAGAAGACGAGAUUCGAGAAAUGUCUUUGAAACUCCGUAGAAAACAGAGGGAACGAAGACAUCGUUACGAAGGUCAUAGUUCUGACACGCGGUCUUCUGUGUCUCGUACACCAAGUCCGAGCCGUAGUCCAAGGCAUCAUACCGUACGUCGCGAUAGGCGAGACACGGAUGGUGAUCGCGAGCGGGAUAGGGAGAGAGACAGGGACAGGGAGAGAGAUCGACGCGAUGAUCGCGAUCGGAUGAGUGAUACUUGUGCUAGUGGUGAGAAAAUAGAUGAAAGUGGACCUGGAUUAAGAGAAUUUAUCAACAAUGCAGAAAAUACAUUUCAAGGAGAGAUUUCUAGCACUGCUAUUGUGCAGGAUGUUGAAGUAUCAAUAAUGAAAUAUUUAAUCCAAUGGAGUGAUCAAAAUAUAGCUGAUGUUAUUCUGACCACUGGCGGCACUGGAUUUUCCGAGAGAGAUGUUACGCCUGAGGCAACUAAAAGAGUUAUCCAUAAAGAAACUCCUGGACUGUCUUUAAAUAUGUUAAUGUCGAGCCUAAAAAUAACUCCAAUGGCGAUACUUUCUCGAGCUAUAUCCGGAAUACGUUAUAAGACACUGAUUAUUAAUUUGCCCGGUUCUCACAAGGCUGCAAUAGAGUGCUUGACUGCAAUCGCACCUGUAAUUCCGCAUGCAGUAGAUUUAAUUUUGGAUAAUAAAGCAAAAGUUAAAGAUACACAUAACAUUUUGCAACAUAAUAUUGGGACUUGUUUGCAUCAUGUUUCUUAUACAGAAAAUCCAAUGAGUUUCGAGAAUGUGACAACACGCCUUAGAGAAUCCUCAUUUCCUAUGAUAUCUGUGGCGGAAGCACUGCGCAUAAUACGCUUUGAGAGUAGUACAAAGGAUAUAAAGGUGGAAAUCGUGAAUCUGAAAGAGGCUUAUGGUAGGAUAUUAUCAGAAGAGGGCAUAUGUUCCAAUUGUGAUUUGCCACCAUUCAGAGCUUCCAUGAAGGACGGAUAUGCGGUGUUAACAAGUGAUGGAAAAGGCAAAAGAACAGUAUUGUGUGGUGUGAAAGCAGGAACUGCACCCACUUUGGUGUCUCUUAAAUCUGGCACUUGUGUACGGGUGAAUACUGGAGCGCCCAUUCCUGAUGAAGCAACAGCUGUUGUACAAGUUGAGGAUACAAAGCUAGUGUCAAAGAGUUCUGAUGGGAUAGAGGAAGAAGAAAUUGAGAUAAUGAUUGAACCGAAAAAAGGACAAGAUAUUAGACCUAUUGGAUGCGAUAUAAAAAAGGGAAGCUCAGUGUUAAAUCCGUUCACAAGAAUUGGGCCGGUGGAAGUAGGACUACUAGCGGCCUGUGGCUACAAACACGUUGCAGUUACUUUACUUCCACGUAUAGGUAUAUUGUCAACUGGAGAUGAGUUACAACAACCUGGAGAGCCUUUAAAACCAGGGCAGGUCUAUGAUAGCAACAGAAUAAGUCUAAUCUCAUUAUUAAAAGAAAAUGGUUUCGAUUCCUUGGAUUUCGGAAUUGUAACUGAUAACACGAUGGACAUGAUAAACAAAAUCAACAUAGCUUUAGGAAAAGUAGAUGUACUUGUGACAACAGGGUCUGUAUCAAUGGGCGAUAGAGAUCUAUUGAAGCCUAUUUUAGAGACCAUUUUUAAGGCUACUAUACAUUUCGGACGCGUAAAUAUGAAGCCAGGAAAGCCAACGACAUUUGCAACGUGCACAAUCUUAGGUAAAAAAAAAUUUAUCCUGUGCCUGCCGGGAAAUCCAGUGUCUGCUCUUGUUACCGCACAUUUAUUCCUCUUACCCCUUGUGAAUGAGCUACACUUUAAUGAUUCAGAACCAAUCAUAAUGCAAGCUAAGUUAAUGUCGUCGUACAAUUUGGAUCCGCGUCCCGAAUACGCAAGAGCAAUCUUGAGAUGGAACGAUAAAGAAACACUUCCAAUGGCUUACAGUACGGGAAAUCAAAUCAGUAGCAAGUUACUUAACUGUAACGAUGCUAAUGCGCUUCUAAUGCUGCCAGAAAGAACUGCGGACAAGCAGGUGUUGAAUGAGGGUGAUGUUGUACCAGCGAGGCUUAUUAGUCUUAAAUCUCCAUUAAAAAGAAUUUGGAUUAAUUAGAAAUAUACAUUUA